AUGAAUGUCCAUGGCCAUAGUCCAUCAAAACACCAGCAGUUCCCCACCGUUGGAUCUAUUUUGGGCACCACUGACUUAGAAGGAAUCGAUAGUUUUCAUUUGGGAUGUGACGCGGAUCAUGUUAUUGAUGACGAAAAAUGGAAGAUUAUAAAUUACAAUAGAAAACUUCCAACUUUUGAUAGUGGACCAAUCCGAUUCUUCAGGAACUCUACUGGUCAAAAGCCAGAUAUUGACCAAGGCUUAAAUGUCAAACAGUUCUUAGAACUUAGCGAGGAAAGAACAUGA